UCCACGCACGUUUGAAUGUAUUCAUCUAUUUUAUACCUUUCGGUAAUAUAUCUUUACAUCUUAUCCUUUUGCCACAGAAUUUGACUUGUGAAGUAUAAAUAACCAUGGAUGAAGGCAAAGUGGCUGUGUCCAGCUGUAAAUCUGCGUUACUGUAUAAUGAGAGGGCGUGCAGCUAUGAUCAGGAGUUGGAGGCAAAAGGCUAUCAAGGGCCAUCUACUGCUGCUAGAGCUUUGGCCGCGAUAUUUACAGAUGACAGGAAGAAUAAAGUAAUUCUAGAUAUCGGAGGAGGAACUGGUUUAGUUGGAGAAGAGUUGAAGAAAGAAGGAUUUGCGGUAAUCGACAUUUUGGAUUCAGCUGAUGAGAUGCUGGCAAUUGCACGACAGAGGUGUAUUUAUCGGAAUGUGAUCAAAGCGGAAGUAAAGGGACAUAACUCUACGCCACUAGAGGGAGAUAGCUUUGAUGCGGUCCUAGGUGUAGGUGUCAUAUUCUUUAUAGGGAAUGUCGGUUUUACAUGUUCUGACAUCAGGGAAAUGAUAAGAGUCACUAAACCAGGUGGAAUUAUUAUUAUGACACUACGGACAGAGACCCUGUAUUCCAACUUAUACCGGGACAAACUGUUACCAUUAUUUGACAAGCUGCAGUCAGACGGAGUAUGGGAACAACUGGAACGGUCUCAAUUUAAAUACAUGCAUGGCGUUGAGGGACAGUUGUUUGUUUAUCGAAAAAUGUAAAAUAUUAUAACCUGCACCUAUGAUAUGGUAUUUUUUUCUAUUUCCUUUGAAGAACAAGAACUAAUGGAAAAAGAUUCGUAUGUCGACACAAUUUUUUGAAGAUUUCGACAUAAGCCUUAUCGACAUUAUCUAUAAAUAUCUCGACAAAACUUUUAAUUAUGUCGAUAUUUUGUAUUUAGUUUUUAGUGAUUAUAUAACAUUUGCAGACAUUACAAUCAAGUAAGAUCGUAUAAAUACUCUGAUGUGAUUUGGACUAAGUGUAGCCAUAUUAAAACCAGUUUUACAUUCUAAAACUUCUUCUUCAGAUUUAGUUUUUCACUAGUGUUUGGAAGUGACCGUAACGCUUUACAAUAAAAACAACAAGAGAAUACCAAAGUACCAACAAAACCAUAAUGCAAACUUAUAAUCGAUAAAACUUGGGCUCAAUAUGAACAAUAUGUCAACAGGUAAUUGAUAUAGUCCCUUAUGAUAUAGUGGCUAUUACUGUAUUCAACUAACAAGAACAAAUUAUAAAGGGAAUAAGACCAGGUGGUUCGGAAGGGUGAGCGUGUUAUGCGUCUACGUCUAAUCAAAGUAACAUCAUAAUAUAGAAACAUCGCUGGGAACCAUCGAUAAACUAUUAUUAACAAAUGUGAAUGUACAAACGAAUGAUUAUAAUAUUUUUCAUUGUAAUAUACUGAGAUGGGUUGUCCGUAACCUGUAGUGUAGCCGCAAAAGCAAAAUAAACUCCUUUAUGUAUCAUCCUUACGUUUCUAUUUACUUGGAGUAUUCUACCCUCUAUCAUUAUCAUUAUUGAUAUUUUGGAAAACGAAUACCGAACGAGAGAUGCGAAAGUCGCCAAAACAACAGUGAGACAGAUACAACCAGCGUGGGUGAUGGUGAAAAUUGAAGUGGAUAAAAACAAAACAACACGAGCAAUACACGGUACAAAAGGUAUUGUCACCUUCCCAACUCCUUUGCAUUUCUCCAGUUCUCAGACUACUCCAGCUUUUUAUUAUUGACUUGACUCAAAAUGUUAUUUAGAGAUAAAAACAAUUGGUCAUCGUAGUUUGACUAUACUAAUGUAAAAGGUGGACAAAACGGGUAGCAAGGUCAAAAAUCAGGAUCACUAUUGAUAAUACCUUCAAUCUAUGCGCUAACCUCUACAAUAUCCAGAAUGAUAAUAUUCCUCCAAAGUCGUGGCUGCACCAGAUGAACGUAUACCACAUAUACGCAUAUGAUAUCUUAUUUGUGUAUUCUGUGAAUAUCACGGUAGUCGGCUAAUAGA